GUCGGCUCGGCGGUUGGUGGUGGGGAAGUGAGAGCUGGCCUCGGGAUAUCGUUGGCCGUAGUUUCACUCAGGAAAUUCCACCUACUACCAUGGCUUCCAAGAACAUCUUCUCGUACCUCGACUCUGACGACGAAGACUCGAAGAAGGUGCAGGCGCCCCCGGCCCCCGUCGCCGCUGAGAAGCCCAAGACGGUCAAGCCCCGCAAGGAAGGCGAGAACAAGAAGCCCGAGGGCGCCAAGGGCGGCCGCGGUGCUGGCCGUGACGGCGGCCGUGGCGGCCGUGGCGAGCGUGGUGAGCGCAAGCCCCGCGCCGAUGGCGAGCGCAAGCCGCGUGCUGAUGGCGAGCGCAAGCCCCGCGUCGAGGGUGAGCGCAAGCCCCGCACCGACCGCCCGGAAGGCUCGACCGGCACCAACCUCCGCAACGAACGCGAACGCGGUGAGCGCCCGGACCGCUCGCACGCCCACCAGGGUGAGCGCGGCGACCGCCCGAAGCGCUCGUUCGACCGCCGCAGCGGCACGGGCCGUGGCAAGGAAGUCUCCAAGUCGGGUGGCGGUGGCCACAACUGGGGCAACGAGGCCGACAAGUCGGAGCAGGCUGCCGAGGCCGAGAUCCAGGAGGGUGUCGUCGCUGACGAGGCCGUCGAGGAAGUCGCCGAGGUCGUUGUCGAGGAAGAGGAGAAGACCUUGACGCUCGACGAAUACCUCGCCCAGAAGAAGCAGGCCCGCUCGUCGAACGAGCUCUUCGGCGAAGUCGAGAUCCGCGCCGUCGCGAACGAGUUCUCGGACGCUGCCCUCCUCACCAAGGACGGCAAGACCCCCGACUUCAUCGAGUCGUCGUACGAGAAGGUUUUCACCAAGAAGACUUCGGGCCGCAAGAAGACGCUCCUCACGGACGUCGGCUUUUCCGUCGCCCCUGUCUCGGCCCCCCGCGAGGAACGUGAGGGUGGCCGUGGCGGCCGUGGUGGCCGUGGUGCCCCCCGCGAGGGUGGCCGUGGCGCCGGCCGUGACGGUGGCCGUGGCCGUGGUGCCGCCGCUGCCCCCAAGAAGUCGUCGAAGGCCCCCAACGUCGCCGACACGAACGCUUUCCCUUCCCUCUAAGCGCCCACUCGGUGCGAGGAGAUGCCCAAGCAGAGCGGUCAGUAGGUGACGGGAAGAGGAACGCCUUUGCUUGGAAGAUGUUUGAUGAUAAGUGCAAGGCCUAGUCUGAUAGAUUAGCAUUAGGCGGCGCAUUUAUUAUAAUAUCUAUUUGCGUAAAUGGAAGCCGCGUUCCCCA